AUGGAGGAAAAUGACGACGAUGAGGUGACCCAAGGGGGGUUGGGUCUUAAGUGCACGGCGACGGGGAGGCUAACAGCGGAGGCGGUUGUGGAAGUAAGCAUAGAGAAGAUGAGUUGUUUCCCUUGCUUCAAUCCUCGCUCUAAAGAUGCAAGGAUCGACAUUGACAAUGGAAGUCGAACUACUUCUAGCCAGUCCGUCGAUUCCUCAGUUUCCUGCGUUAAGAGAUGGAAAGCAAGCCAAGAAGAUCAUAAGAAUGGAAGUGAUCAGGGAAAAGGCUCCAAAGGCAGUGGAGCACGUAGGUUCACAUUCCUAGAGUUGGCAACAGCAACAAAGAAUUUCAGAGAAGCCGAUGUGGUUGGGGAAGGAGGAUUCAGAAAGAUCGUAGCGGUGAAACAACUUAAUCACGAUGGUCUUCAAGGCUAUCAAGAAUUCAUUGUUGAGGUUCUUAUGCUCAGCUUGUUACACCAUGUUAAUCUGAUCACUUUGAUCGUCUAUUGCACUGCCGGGGAUCAGAGGCUCUUGGUUUACGAAUACAUGCCGAUGGGCAGUUUGGAAGAUCAUCUUUUUGGUAAUGUAAACUAA